CAUCCGGUAAAAAAAAGCCCCCUCUGUUGGGAGUUUUAUUAUAGAGUUUGAAAGAAUUUGUUUUGUUGCAUUAUGAAUCCAUUAGGAACACAGCAGCAACCUCGUUUGCUGACACCACAGCAGGCAGCCGCUGUUCCAGGACCGGUACCUCAAGUUGACCGGGAGCGCAUCUACCAAUGGAUUAACGAGCUCACAAGUCCAGACACCCGCGAAAAUGCUCUUCUCGAACUCAGUAAGAAGCGAGAAGUCGUCCCAGACCUGGCCCCAAUGUUGUGGCACUCGUUUGGAACGAUUGCAGCGCUCCUACAGGAGAUCGUCAACAUCUACCCAGCCAUCAACCCUCCCAACCUCACUGCGUCCCAGUCUAACCGAGUGUGUAACGCAUUGGCUCUAUUACAGUGUGUCGCGUCUCAUCCAGAAACAAGAUCUGCCUUUUUACAAGCUCAUAUCCCUCUGUUCCUGUACCCGUUCCUACACACUGUGAGCAAAACGCGGCCCUUUGAAUACCUCCGCUUAACUAGUCUGGGUGUAAUUGGUGCUCUAGUCAAAACUGAUGAACAAGAGGUAAUAAACUUCCUGCUCAACACCGAAAUCAUUCCUCUCUGUCUGCGCAUUAUGGAGUCCGGCAGUGAACUUUCAAAAACAGUUGCCACAUUUAUUUUACAAAAAAUACUCCUAGACGAGACGGGACUUGCCUACAUCUGUCAAACGUAUGAACGGUUUUCACAUGUCGCAAUGAUUCUCGGUAAAAUGGUGCUACAUCUAUCCAAAGAGCCGUCAGCGAGGCUACUUAAACACGUCGUACGGUGCUACCUCAGACUGUCGGAUAAUGCCAGGGCUCGAGAAGCUCUCCGUCAGUGUCUGCCCGACCAGCUGAAGGACAGCACGUUUGCGGCGUGUCUCAAGGACGACAACUCGACUAAGCGCUGGCUCAGUCAGCUGCAGGUGAAUCUGGAGGCUCCGAGUGUCCCCGACCCCCGGGGUAUUCCCCCGCUACACCCGGGGCCACAAUGACUGGAGGCCAACCCAGGCCUUCCGUUUCACUGACCUGGGAUCACCGCGGAAACUGUGUCAAACAAAACACUGCCUGGAGUUGUUCACUACCCCGUACCAGCCUUUAGCUUAAGUUAUAUUUUAUUGUUCUGUUGUUAAUUUGUCAGUAGUAGUUGGCCCGUUUUGUAGGUUUGAAUGAUAUAGAAAAAAAUCAAGAAAAUAUAAUUUCAAACUCUGUGAAUAGAUGACAGAGUUCACAGUGGGUGAGUAAGUAUUAAUGUUUUAUUUAUAUCUUGAUGGACGUUUUUACAAAUUGCACAUAAACAGAACAUUUUUGUUAUUUCCAAAACAGUUUUCUUCCAUUUCUUGUUACAAACUGGAAUUAUUGACAAAAAACAAAUGUACAGUGGAGGCUAAUAUGGGGUAUACAUUUCUUGGAGAAUGUUUGCUGAAGCCAAUAGCAGUAAUUUUGAAGAAAAAUUAUGAACAGUAGUGGUUAAUAUGCAACAGACCAUUUGGACAAGACUUGUAUUUUUUUGUAUUGAAGUUGUAUGUAUAUUGUCAGUGGCUGUUGUGUAAUGGGUGAGAAACUACUGAUAGACAGUGGAUUCAGUAGUUAUUGGUAGCCUUCUAAUCCAAAUUGGUGUUUAAGCUUAAAUUGCUUUUAUUUGGUGGCAUCGUUUGAUAGCUGAAAAUUUAUUCAUGAUGUUUUGUACUUAAAUUUUUGAACAUUUAUUGAAAUUUAAAAGUUACUGCUAUGCUUUAUUAGCAAACUGAUAGAUCAAAUUUGUCUGAGGUUUAAUUUUUUUGUUUUUUUAUAUAUUAUGGUUUCAACAUUAACAAAAAAAAAACAUCAAUCACUGAAUAGUAAAACAUUUAUCUAUUCAUGAUAUGAAUAGAGUCAAGUGUGGAGUGAACAAUUAUACUAAAAGUAAGAAUAAUAGAAAAAACUUUUUACGUUGUGAACUGUUCUUAAGUAUGCAUUUCGUUUCUUAGGCAUUUUUUACACAUUUUUUGUUUUUUAAUGUGAUGUCAAUUAAAGCUGAAAACUAGAUUUAUGAUAAUGAAACAUGUUUUAUUGAUCACACUUUUUUGUAUUUGCUUGUUACAUUAUUUGGCAUUUUUGACGAGUUUAUGAAAAAUGCUGCUGUCAAUUAUUCUGUUAAAAACCUCACUUUAACAGAAGAAACAAUUGCUAGUGCAGCUAUGGUUUUAGUCCAAUAUUGUCAAUUGCACCGGAAUUAAAUUGACAUUUUUUUUAGCUCAAGAGGCCUUUCGUGUUAACAGGAGAUAUUUUAAAUGGCUUAUCUUCAGAAAGUCUAUGUGCUAUAAAGGGCCUCACUUUGUAUUAGUUACUUCCAUGAUUUUCAAUGCAGGAAGUAAGGCGAUUGUAUUACAUAUAUGUACAAUCUUAAAUUUUGAUUCAUUGCCAAAUUUCAAAUGAAAUUAUAGUCCGUUUGCAUCAAAAGGGAACUGAUGAAUUGACAUGUAAUUCUAUAAUGGUUAAAAUUCAUAUCAAAUAUAUUAUUUCAUUUUAAACCCAAACCAACUUGCAAUUGUUUUGGGGAAAAUAAAUGUUAGUAAAAAUAAAAAGGUUUCACAACAUAGUCACACAUUGCAUAUGUACAAUUUCUAUUUUUGAUACAAAGAUGGAAACCUUUUUACCAUGAAUUUCCAUGAUUCUACACACAAUUAGUUGUAAUCCAUGUAAAAAAAAAAAAAACGUGAUUCAUUUGCAACCCUAAAUAGCUAUUUGGCAGUAAUGCUAAUAUGAAUAUAUGUUCUUUUCCAGAUUCAGGCAUUUUCAUUUAAUUUGUGCAAAAAUCUGCCUGUUUUUCCCCCACCUCCCCACGUUACAAAAAUGGGGACCUAUGGGUGAAGCACCCUCAGUUCUGCCUUUAAUCACUGUGAACUGCAUUAUCGAUUACUUUAGGUGAAACUGCAUCAUCAAUUACUUUAGGUGAAACUGCAAAUCUUGGCUGUUCUAGCAAUUUGUCUUCACCUCUCAGUCUGUAUUAGAUGAGAUUUGGUCUAUAUAAUAUUAUGGGUUUACGUGUGUAAAACAUGUUAUGAGAGUUGAUAUGAGUUUAAACAUUCAUUAUAUGUUUUUAUACGAGUUUCAGCAUUUUGCAGUAUGUAGUUAUAUGCCAAUUCAUCAGUUCCCUUUUGCUGCAAAAGAUGUAUAUAUAUAUAUAUAUGUUAUAUAUGUACAUAUUAUUCAUGCAUUGUAUAUAGACAUAUGUUCAGGUUCUGUCUAGUUAAUCUGAGUUACAAAUCAAGCAAUAAACUGAAAAUUAAUUUGUU